AUGAUCUCAGCCAGUGGAUUCCUGGCCAAUGGCUCGGACACGUUCCACGCUACCACGUCCCGCACGGUCGAGGCUGCAUUGGGCCACGAGCUGCCACAACUUGAAAUUCGCUUCCACGACUUGUCCAUCUCCGCCGAGCUCGUGCUGGCGUCCAAGCAAGGCAAACACGAUCUGCCGACACUUUGGAACCAUGCCAAGAAGUCGUUCGUGGGUCUCUGCAACCGAAAACACAGCGUGACCAAGGAUAUUGUGCACCCGGUCACAGGAGUGCUCAAACCUAGCACCAUGACCCUGGUGCUGGGCCAGCCUGGUUCGGGCAAGUCAUCGUUCAUGCAAGCGUUGGCAGGCAUAUUUCCCGUCACAAAAUCGUCUACGGUCCAAGGCACCAUCACCUACAACGGCCUCACCAAGGCUGAAUUGCAGCAUCGCCUGCCGCAGUUUAUCGCGUACACGGGCCAACGUGACCACCACUACCACACUCUGAGUGUGCACGAAACGCUGGCCUUUGCCCAUCAAUGCCACGGCGGCGCCGUCGUGCCACGUCAUGUGCUGGACGCCCUUGUGCAUGGCACAUCUGACGAAAACGCCGACGCUGUCCGCGUGCUUCAAGCGCUCUACGCGGUGUACCCGGACGUGGUGGUGCAACAAUUGGGUUUGACCAACUGCAAAGACACGGUCGUGGGCAACGUGAUGCUUCGGGGGGGGUGUCUGGGGGCGAGAGGAAGCGCGUGA